AUAUCUUUGUGUCAUUUCUCCUCUCAGUUCAGUGACAGUAGAAAUCGAGCAUCAAUGGAAACUGAAAACCCUGACAAAUCGCUGAUUUCCGCCAUAAAAACAAGUUCAUCAUGGCCGAUCAUUCGCGGCUCCCUCGACGAUGCCAUCACUUGCGAUUCGAGUGAUUCCGCCGUCGAUUCUCUUUCCAAUUCCAAUUCCAAUUCCAAUUCCGAUCAAUCUGUUCAUACCACCCCCAAAUCUCCUCUUAUUCUCCGACGUCCCUCACCGGAUUUCGCCCCUUGCGAGCUCACAAUUUUGUUCCCACAGCAACAUGAAAUCAAGCAGGUCUAUGUUCGUAGUACUGCUAGAGUCUAUGAGAUAUACUGUGCAAAUGAUGAGAAAGGUGAGAAUGAGUACCUUUGUACAGUUCGCUGUGGUGCUGCUGCUAGAAUUGAGGAGCUAUUGCAAGAGUCUGAUGAUGUGGGAUCUUUGUCGACAAGUUCUGGUAGCUCCAAUAGAAGCUCUCAAGAAGGGGAUAUCAGAUCUGAAAGUGGCGGGAGUGCCAAUGAAGAUGGUUGGGUGGAUGUGAAAGUGCAAACUUCCUCUAUUCUGUCAAAGAAAGAUGAGAGCUUCAUGGAACGAGGCAAUCAGGAUUGUUUUGAGGCUACUGCAGAGAUUUCUGAUGCUGAUCCGGUCAUGUCUGUAACUCUUCGUUUGCUAUCUAUUCAGAGCGGCGAUUAUAUUUGCAUAGAUGAAGUUUACGUGUUUGCUGAUCCUGUGGCACCUGCUUAUACCGGUCCUUCAACUGUCCCAAUGGAGACCUCGUCUGAAAGUGCUACGAUGUCUUUGCUCAUUCCGACACUUUUGCAGCUGUCUAAAUCUCAAAGGAACCGAGCGCAAGAACAAAGUGAUUCGGCUGUAGGAGAAAGGAAGCUCCAAGAUAGUGAACACAAGUCAAUAGCUGCGAAUAUGAGAUCUUAUACUUCUCGCUCAAAAAGUAUACAGAGCACGAUGCUUAAUGGUGCAUCUCCACACAUGUCACAACCCGACUUUCCUGUACAAGGGUCAGGUUCACAUAGCAAUCCUAAUUCUACUAGUAAAUGGGAUGACGUACCUUGUAGUCGAAUAGAGAGAACUCUCGAUGAACUUGUUUCUCGAGUUGCAAAAAUUGAACUCUUCUGUUCGAGGUUUGAGGAAAACAUGUUAAAGCCUAUUAGCAACAUGGAAGCAAGACUUGAAAGGGUAGAGCAGCAAGUGGAUUGGUUUGUGAGCACGGCUAGGUUUCCGGUGACAGCUUGCACUAAGACUACUGCUCCUGAAUUCUCUUGCACUGAUUCUGAAUCCAUUUCCAUCUUGAAUGGAGGAAAUGGUGCUCCUGGUAUCAUUAAAUCCAAGUCAAUUCAGAAGGAUGAAGGUCAACUCCAGGACAUGUCUUUGCCACCCUUGAAUGUGUAUCUGCCCCCCUGUAUACAACUUGAUCAUGUAUCUUCAUCCACUAGUAAUGCUUCUCAGUUACUUCCUAGUCUUGUUGUCACUGCACCGGACUUUUCUUGUGUUGAUGCUGAGGGAGGAAAUGACCCCUUUGAAGUAGUAAAGGACUCCCCGAAAGGAAGUCCAAAGAAAGCAUUAUCAAUUGACGAUGCUCUAGCUUCUGCACUUGCUGGUUUCUUAUCUUCCACUUCCAUUGAUACUGAUAUGGUUGAAGAAACUGCUGAUAUCUCCAGUGAAGAAGCGAGUGGGAAAACUUGCCUAUCAGAGUCGAGCCAAUCUGAUGAGUGUGUAAUCCCUUCUGUCCACGUUGAUGGCAGUAAUAGUGCCAGCAAGGAUACUCUAGUAAUAGAACAAGAAUCUUUUGUUGCUACCAACGGAUUUGAAGAAACAACCGAAUCUGUUGAUGAACAUAGCCUUCUUUUUAGAGAACAUGAUAGUGAUAAUUCCCCUGGUGAUUCUACUUGUAUUGAAGUUGAUUUCGAUCAAGUUAAAACAGAGAUUAGUGUUUCAAAUGUGGAUGGCUCAAAACAAACAUUUGUUAGUGAUCCCUCUGUUUCCCAUGACAGUGAUACCUCCGGUUCUACAUUAGAAGUAGCAGAAGACAACAUUAGCUCCUCUUCUAAUGAAGAGACUGCAAAAGAGUGUCCUGGUGUACUGCUGAACGUUCUCAAACUACAAAGCCCCGCUAUUGUGGAUUUCGGAAUUCCAAUAUUGGAUGUGAAAUUCUCGUCGCAAGAGAGAUUUUCUGCUAAGUCUUCUCUUGACGCUCUUCUACUGGAUAUUCCUGAAUUACACAGUGAAGUUCCUUGUGUUGAAGAAGAAGCUGCUGCUUCAUUAAGUGAGCAGGAUGAUUUAGUUAUGAUUGAGAAUGUGGACUCUGCAAUUUCUGAAAACCCCCAGUGUCAGAUGUUCUGUUUAGAUAAUUAUGACUCUGGAUGCAUGCCUUCAAAUAGAGAGGAAGAAGAAUUACGGGAAUGUAAAUACCAAGAUACGGGUGCAAGUCUUAUAUGAUAGCAAUCUGUUAUGGAACACGUGGUUUGGCUGUAAAUAAAUAAAUACAAUGCACUAAAUAAAUUCAAUGCCCUUCAUCCAUUUUUUUUA